ACGUGACUGUGAGUCCAGAAACAAACUGGGUCAGGGACACAGAGGGGAAUAAAAUGAUUUGAGAUAAGAACUCGGGACCAGAGAGACCGACGGAGCGCUGAAACCUCUGAAACCUUCGUUACUUGUGUUCCAGAUGUGGAGCUUCUGGCUGGUUUUUGGGCUCCUCUGCUGGGGAUCUCAUGGAUCAGUGACCUGCAAAAACGACCGCGAUGCUGAAGUGGACUGGUACAUUUUAUACAAGAUACCCAAAAUGGCUCUCACUCCCAGUACCUCCACCACUGGUACAGAGUAUUUCUACAUCGACUCAAGUGGAAGGAGCGAGGAGUUGAACAACAUCAACAGCCCGAACGGCGUUCUGGGAAAUACUCUGAGGCCUCUUUUCAGACCCAUUAGAAACAUGGAGGAGACCUUCGGGUUCAUCAGCUACAGCGACCAGCCGCCAGGAUGUGACGCCGAUUCAAAGAGGUUUGGCCACAGCAAAGGACUCGUGAUGGUGGACAGAACCAGUACAGGAGUCUGGAUCUUGCACAGCACCCCUCGGUUCCCCUUCAGAAGGGAGCAGAACAACUUCUGGCCAACCAGCGGGAAUAAAAACGCUCAAACAUUUAUCUGUGUGACGUUCAACUACGACCAGUUCACUAAAAUAGGAACACAUCUGAAGUACAUCAAUGCGUUUCCAUUUGAACAUUAUAUCCCAAACAAUUUUCACGAGGAACUAAAGAAUGUUGUGAAUUGGGCAGAAGGCUCUCCGUACAGCCCUGAUAAGGUUGAGGUCUCAUCGUUGACAUCCAAAGGGAACCAAGGCUUUCAAAUCUUUGCUAAACAAGCCAAUGCAAAUGAAGAUGUUGGAGAUCUCUACCUAAGUAUUGCCAACAACUUCAAGAGCGACGUCUACGCCCAGACAUGGGGCUGCCAGCCCGGCCGGUCCGACUCCUACUGUUCCAGUGACUUUUCGGUCAUCAACGUCGAAGACUUAGCAGUGGGUAACCGGAGGAGGUGGGAGCCUAAAGUGGACCACUCCAAGUGGUGUGUAGCUAAGGAUCAGAACAAACACUGGACCUGCAUCGCCGACGUGAACAGGGCCGAAUCUCAGUUCAUGCGGUUCGGCGGGGCGCUCUGCAUCCACCACGAGUCGGUCCAACGUCACUUUCUGAGAUUUGCUAUCCAUCCUCAGGCCUGUCGGAAACGUCCCCGCCCAGUUUGUGAUCCGGACUCUGAUGGAGACAAUCUUCAAGUUAUCGGUUAGAUCGGCAGAGUUCACAUCGAUCGCAUCAGAUCAAUGCUUUGUAGGUUUAAGCCUUUCGAUCAGAAAAACUGGAGAUAAUUCCAGAAUAAAUGACUGUCAAAAUAAAAUACAUGUUUCUUCCUGGUUGUUUGAAAAAUUACAUUUCGAUGAAGAAAUCAGAAAACCUGAUUUUUAAGAAGUUGUCACUCUGAUGUAAACUUCUGAGUAAUAAUAAAUCACUCAAAGCUUCA